UGUCUUAUGAUAAUUGGGUGCAUGUUGUUCUGUAACUUGUACGGCGUGUGUUAUAUUAUAAAUAUGGACUUGCUGUAGUCCCAGACAUGUAAAGUUUUACAAAUAUUAUGAUAUUAGAUAGAAAAACAAAGUUUCAUCUGAGGCACGUAAUACUAAAUUUUCUAAAUUAAGAGUUUCAAAAAAUAGGGUUCAAAAUGAACGUGGAUAUAAAUUUAUCUUCGGCUUUAAAGGGACUAGUGUCGGUUGACCCUGAAUCUGUUCAAUUUCUUACAUUCUCUGAUGAGGAUGUUAAACAACUUAGUGUUGUAAAAAUAACCAACUCUCAGUCUUUUGAUUCCUUAGGCAAUGCCACACGAGGAGGUCUCUAUGACCCUUUGAUGGGACCAAUAAGAGAUAGAAAUGAUGAAUGUGCUACUUGUGGAAACAUUUUGUUAAACUGUCCUGGCCAUUUUGGACAUAUUGAGCUACCUUUGGUAGUAGCUAAUCCACUUUAUAUUAAAAAUAUGUACAUCUUAUUCCGUACUUCUUGCUUGAAAUGCUACAAAAUUCAGCUUGAUGAUAAACUGAGAUUUAUUCUUAAAUUACAAUUAGAUCUUCUGGAUGCUGGACAUGUUACAGCUGCUUUGGAUCUUGAAAAUUUUUUGAUUGAUAUGAAAGAUAAGUCUGCCUCUCCAGAUAAACCACACAAAACAAUUCGAAAAUAUCAGAAACUGCUUAAAAAGACAGAUCCAGUAACAAAGACAUUUCAAAAUAAGAACAUUGAUAAACAAAGAGGUAAAGUAAUAAAUCAUUAUUUCAAAGCAAUAAAUACUUUAAAAACUUGUAUUUUCUGUAGAAACCGAUUAAUCAAAGUUACAACUUCAGAUAAUAAAAUAAUGUAUAAUACAAGUGCAGAAAGUGGCACUAAAGGUGGCAGUAUAAAAAUAAUGAUGCCAGAUGAAUUGCAACAAAUUUGUGCUUCAAUAGCAGAAAAUAAUGAAGAUGUUUUGAUGUACUGUCUACCUAUAUUAAAAUAUUCAAAAGUAAAACCAAUUACUGAUAUAUUUUUCAUGAAAGUUUUGCCAGUCUUGCCAAUUAAUGUGAGACCUUGCAAUGUAUUACGGGGCGAAAUUAUGGAAAACCCCCAAAGCAAAGUAUAUCAAGCUAUUUUGAAAAGGUCUCUAUCAGCUCGAGUUAUCCUUCAAAUUAUGAAAUCAACAGAUCAAAGCAAAACUAUUGGCCAAUUGAAUACAGAGUUAAGGCAGGCUUAUGAAUCUUCACCUGGGGCAUCUCCAGCUGAGAAAUUACACACCUGUUGGCAAGAACUUCAGAGAAAUGUAAAUGAAAUACUAAAUUGUGAAGGUGCAGGGGUUGUGUCUCAAGGAUUAAAGCAGGUUUUAGAAAAAAAACAGGGGGUCAUUAGAAUGCAUAUGAUGGGUAAAAGAGUAAAUUUUGCAGCUCGCUCUGUCAUUACUCCUGAUCCUAACUUAGAUAUAGAUGAAAUUGGUAUCCCUGAUGCUUUUGCUACAAAAUUAACUUAUCCAGUACCAGUUACUGAAUGGAAUGUUCAUGAGUUGAGAAAAAUGGUAAUUAAUGGUCCUAAUGUACAUCCAGGUGCUGAAAAAAUAGAGAUUAGAAAUGGCAGGACAAUACGAAUCCCACCAGAUUGUAUAAAUAAAAGGAAAAGUCUUGCUAAGCGGUUACUCACUCCAGAAGAAUAUAAGAAAAGUGACCUGAAGAUUGUUCACAGGCAUUUAAUCAAUGGUGAUGUAUUAAUAUUGAACCGUCAACCGUCUCUACAUAAACCUAGUAUGAUGGCACAUAGGGCUAGAAUACUAAAAGGAGAAAAGACUAUUCGAUUACAUUAUGCUAAUUGUAAAUCCUACAAUGCUGAUUUCGAUGGUGAUGAAAUGAAUGCACAUUUUCCACAAAAUGAAAUUGCAAGGAGUGAAGCAUAUAAUAUUAUGUCAGUUCGAAAGCAAUAUUUAGUACCAAAAGAUGGUACACCACUAAGUGGUUUGAUUCAAGAUCAUGUUAUUUCUGGGGUGCGAAUGUCUUUACGUGGCACAUUUUUUUCUAAGGCAGAUUAUCAACAAUUAGUGUUUCAAGCUUUAUCUAGCCAUAGAGGUGAAAUAAAACUACUGCCUCCAACCAUCUUAAAACCAGUAUUAUUAUGGUCAGGGAAACAGGUUCUUUCAACAAUAAUAAUAAAUAGCAUACCAAAGGGUAAACCAUAUUUAUCAUUAGUAGGAAAAGCAAAAAUUGGUGAUAAGGCUUGGCAAAAGGUACCAGCUAGGACUUGGGUUGCAGGAGGUACACAACUUGAAAUCAAUGAUUUGUCAGAGGCACAAGUAAUUAUUCGAAAAGGAGAACUUUUAUGUGGUGUUUUAGAUAAAACCCAUUAUGGUGCAACUCCAUAUGGUUUAGUUCACUGUAUGUAUGAGUUAUAUGGCGGUGAUUCCUCAACAGCAUUACUCAGUUCCUUCUCAAAAGUUUUUACAUUCUACCUUCAGUGGAUUGGGUUUACUUUGGGUGUCAAAGAUAUUUUGGUUGUUGAAGAAGCUAAUAAAAAGAGAGAUGAAAUAGUGCAACUCGUAAGGCAGAUUGGUAAAGUUGCUGCAGUAAAAGCCACUGAUCUGCCAGCAGAUGUUGAUGACAAUGUACUUAAAGAAACUAUUGGAGAAUUAUUGGCUAAAGAUCCUAAAUUUCGUGCUAAUCUUGAUAGACAAUAUAAGAAUAUGCUUGAUUCAUACACUAAUAAUAUUAACACUGUUUGUUUAUCUCAAGGUUUGUUAGAGAAAUUUCCAUCAAAUAAUCUUCAAUUGAUGGUACAGUCUGGUGCCAAAGGUUCCACAGUUAAUACUAUGCAGAUUUCUUGCUUGCUUGGGCAAAUUGAGUUGGAAGGUAAAAGGCCCCCAUUAAUGAUAUCUGGUAGAUCUUUGCCCAGUUUUCCUCCUUAUGAAGUUUCACCAAGAGCGGGAGGAUUUAUAGAUGGUCGCUUUAUGACAGGCAUUCAACCUCAGGAAUUUUUUUUCCACUGCAUGGCUGGUCGUGAAGGUCUUAUUGACACAGCUGUGAAAACUAGUCGUUCAGGCUAUUUACAAAGGUGCCUUAUAAAACAUUUAGAAGGUUUGAGUGUUGCGUAUGAUCAUACCGUACGUGACGCUGAUGGAAGUGUGAUACAAUUUGCGUUUGGUGAAGAUGGACUAGAUGUAUUAAAAUGCCAAUAUUUAAAACACAGCCAAUUACCAUUCCUUGACAUAAACUCCAAUGCAGUAGUUGGGAAAUCAGUUAUUAAAAAACUUAAGGAAGAUGAUGACAUUAAAGUAGUAGCCAAAGCUCAAAAAUCUUUAAAAAAGUGGAAGAAAAGACAUGGGAAUCCUACAGAUAAAGAGAAAUCAAACGGGUUUGCACUUUUUUCUAUUCAGACCAAGAAAGAUAUCAAACUUCACGAAAUGCCGACUGACCGAACACGUGAUCCCUAUUAUUGGGAAUUAGAAACUAUGUGGAGAUCAUUAGAUGAAGAUGAGAAGGCACAGUACACCAGAAAACGUUGUCCAGAUCCAAUCCCAAGUAAAAUGUCCCCAGAAUAUAAAUUCGGUGUUAUAAAUGAACAAUUAGAUGGCGUUAUUCAAAACUACUUAAAAAAUCGCAAUAAAAACAUAUUCAACGAGUACACUGACAAUGAUAAAUUCGGCGAAGUUAUGAAUGCAAAAUAUCUAGCAUCUAUGGCAGCACCAGGAGAACCUGUUGGCAUAUUAGCUGCUCAAUCUAUUGGAGAACCUUCAACGCAGAUGACAUUGAAUACUUUCCAUUUUGCCGGUAGAGGAGACAUGAACGUAACACUGGGUAUUCCGCGUCUCAGAGAAAUUCUUAUGACAGCUUCGGUAAAUGUUAAAACUCCUAAUAUGGAUAUACCAUUCUACGGAAAUAUAUCAGGCUUGACCCAAAAAGCAGAAAAACUACGAAAGAAAAUGAACCGCGUUACUGUAUCCGAUGUACUAGAGAAAAUAGAUAUAGAAUGCGAAAUCGUUACGCAGCCUGACAGGAAAUUGAAGACAAUUAUGAGGUUUUUCUUCCUUCCAUACAAUCAAUAUAAAACUCAGUACUCGGUGAAACCAUCGCAAAUAAUAAAGCAUAUGCAAAAGAAAUUUUUCACAGAAAUGUUUACAAUUAUCCGUAAACAAGCCAAGGGUAAUAGUGGAAUUGCUUGGUCUACUGAAAAAAAGAAAAAAAAGAAGGUUUCGAGUGAUGAUGAAGAUGAUGACCCUCAGGAUGAACCAGUAAAGAAGCCUGUUAAUAUUGAUGACAGUUCAGAUGAAGAUGGCCCAAAUGAUGAUGAUGAUAAUACAGAGGUAAAGCUUCGAAAUAAGCGUGCUGAAGAACAAGAAUAUGAAGAUCCAGAAUCAGAUGAAGAGGAGAAAUCUGAUGAAGAAGUUGAAAAUGACGACGAAAGUGUUAAAGAACUUGAUGAUACAGAAAGCAUCUCUGUUGCGGACAGCAAAGCAAUGGCUGAUGUCGUGGAGCGAAUUAGUCAUGCGACCAAUUAUAUAUUCGACACCAAAAACCACCAAUGGUGUGAACUAACUGUUCUCUUUCCUAUAUCCUUCCUUCGAAUUGAUCUUACACAAGCAUUGCGUGAAGCUGCUAAAAAAUCGGUUAUUUACGAAAUCAAGAACAUUAAGCGAGCAAUUACUAAUACUGAAAAAGGAGUUUUAUUUUUAAAGACUGAAGGAAUAAAUAUCGUGCAAAUGUUCAAAUACAAUGAUUUGCUGGAUUUGAAUAAACUCUACAGUAAUGACAUUCAUGCAAUAGCCAAUACAUACGGAAUAGAGGCAGCGAAUAAAGUUAUAAUUAAAGAAAUCCAAAACGUAUUUAAUGUAUAUGGCAUUGAAGUUGACCCGCGACAUUUGUCACUGAUAGCGGAUUAUAUGACUUACAAUGGAAUCUUUGAGCCCAUGAGUCGUAAAGGUAUGGAGGCAUCAUCAUCGCCCCUACAGCAAAUGUCAUUUGAAUCAUCACUUAUAUUUUUGAAGGAGGCAGUUCUAAAUGCUAAAGUAGAUAAUUUGCGUUCAGCGUCUAGCUGUCUUAUGUUAGGACAACCGUGUCGCAGUGGAACAGGUGCUUUUAGUUUACAACUUUGUAGUAAAGUUAUAAGUUAAUAAU